AAUAGAGUUCAUAGUCAUCUUUAUUAAAAUCAAACUUAAAAAAAAGUUAAGCAUAAAAAGUGUCGGGCCAGAACACGCCCCGGCACUGGCGGCCAGCCGGCCAACGAUUGGAAGUGUCGGCCUGUCGGGCCGUUCCCCGAUCGCGCUCUCGCCGGAAUUAGACCGAGGAGACGGCAAGGGAAGGUCGAGGCACGAGAGCGCUAGCGGCGGAGCUAGCGAGCACCCGGCGUCGGGCGACGGUGGCGCCAUGGGUGGUUGGUACUCCGCCAUUGCGGCCACCAGGCUGAAGAUGCUGCGCCGCGGAUGCCGGGGUGCCGCUGCCGUCCUCCCCGUCGCCAGCCACGACAGCGUCACCGGCAAGGAGAGGAAGAGGAAGCGCAGGAAGCACGCCUCUAUCCUGGGCGACUCCGGCACCGUCGACCCGGACUUCUCGCGGCGGUACCGGCUCGGCGCGGAGCUUGGGCGCGGCGAGUUCGGCGUCACGCGGCGGUGCGAGGAUGCCGCCACGGGGGAGGCCCUGGCGUGCAAGACGAUCCGGCGGAAGCGGCUGCUCCUGCGCCGCGCCGGGCUCGACGCGGACGACGUGCGGCGCGAGGUGGAGAUCACGCGGCGCAUGUCGGAGGCGGGCGGGGGCAGGGUGGUGCGCCUGCGCGAGGCGUGCGAGGACGACGACGGCGUGCACCUCGUCGUGGAGCUCUGCGAGGGCGGCGAGCUCUUCGACCGCAUCUUCGAGCGGGAGCACUACUCCGAGCGCGCCGCCGCCAAGCUCGCCCGCACCAUCGUCGAGGUCGUGCAGCUGUGCCACGAGAACGGAGUGAUGCACAGGGACCUGAAGCCGGAGAACUUCCUGUUCGUGAACAAGUCGGAGGAGUCGCCUCUCAAGGCUAUCGACUUCGGCCUCUCCGUGUUCUUCAAGCCUGGGGAUCGGUUCGCCGAAGUGGUUGGCAGCGGGUGCUACAUGGCUCCAGAGGUUCUCAAGAGAAGCUAUGGGCCAGAGAUAGACGUGUGGAGCGCCGGCGUCAUCCUGCACCUCCUCCUCUGCGGAUUCCCGCCGUUCUGGGGAGACUCCGAUGAGAAGAUUGCACAGUCGAUACUACGGGGAGUAAUUAACUUACAGAAGGAUCCAUGGCCCAAGGUCUCCCAGAGUGCAAAGGAUCUUGUCAGGAAGAUGCUUGACCCAGACCCUUGUACACGGUUGACGGCAAAACAAGUCCUCGAGCAUCCUUGGCUCAAGAAUGCUGAUAAGGCUUCAAACGCGUCACUCGGAGAGGUGGUUCGGUCGAGGCUGAAGCAGCUCUCGUCCAUGAACAAGUUUAAGAAGAAGGCACUUGGAGUGGUCGCCAUGAAUUUACCGACGGAAGAGGUUGACCAAUACAAUCAGAUGUUCCGUACCAUGGACAAGGACAAUGACGGCAAUUUGUCACUUGAAGAUCUCAAAGAGGGUUUCCGGAUAAACGGUCAUCCUGUUCCAGAGGAAGAGAUAAAGAUGCUGUUACAAGCGGGUGAUAUACAUGGAAGUGGCACGUUAGACUGUGAGGAAUUUGUGACGGUCUUACUUCACAUUAAAAAGCUCAGUAACGACGAGUAUCUACCUAAGGCUUUCAAGUUCUUUGACAAGGACAAGAACGGUUUUAUUGAGAUGGCCGAGCUGAUGGAGGCUCUAGGUGACGGUGAACUGAAGCCUAACGAGCAAGUGGUUAACGACAUUAUCCGUGAGGUUGACAAGGAUAAGGAUGGCCGUAUCAGCUACCCAGAGUUCGAAUUGAUGAUGAAAGGUGGGUCAGACUGGAGGAAUGCCUCUAGACGGUACUCGAGAGAGAAUUUCAGUAGCCUCAGUCGAAAGCUGUGCAAAGACACCUUAUGAAACAAGAAAGUAGUUUCCCAAGCAGCAGUUACUGACUGACAGUACCACGCCCUCGACUAAGCAGCAAGCGUCAGAAGACAAUGCAAAAGCAGGAUUACUGGAUCUGGUGGAACUGUGGAAAUAAGGGUUAAAGGAGAUUUGCGCGAUUGACAGACUCCGUCAAACAGCAAGCCCCUCUUGGCAUUGUCUUGUCCUUUGUUCUUGAAGUAAAAUUUGCUGUUCCUAGGAUACAUAUCAAUGACUUAGGCAUAGGCAGAUACAGAUGUAAAGGAAACCUCAGCAUCCAUUAGACCUGUGCAUGAUGCACGGUACUUGGAGUUCCAUUGGCCGUCCGUCCGCCGGCGACCUGGCGAUGUGCGCUGCCGCCAAGUACAGCAGUUGCACGGGAACUACGUCGCCGAGGAGCCCGACAUGGCGUCGCCCUGGCGGCGCUGACGCUUUGGGGUGCCGAGAAGGCAGAGGUCCCCAGCUCCGCGGCUCCGCCCCCCCCUGAGGACGACGACGUGUUGAACUCGACCUCGCAGCUGGUGUUUUCAGGGCUGCGCGUCCAUCGGGAACGAACCAGAGAGCCGCGCGUAAGUAAACCUGUGCUCAACGCCGCCGCCAUCGUGCUGUAACCAAACAAUGUACAGAGGUGCUAUUCAAUCCACUUACCAGUUUUGACGUUUUACUAAUGUCAAAUACA